CGUCCCUGUUCAGCCCUUUUUCAGUGUGAGUGUGUGUGUGUGUGAUGUGAGGAAAAGGGAAAAGGAAGAGUGGUCAGUGGAGCUGGAGGGCGCAGGCGAGAGGGGAAGUCAGGGUGUGUGCUGAUUCUUCAGUGUUACACUGACCCAACACAUAGCUGCCAUGGAGCCUUCUCCACUGAUCUACUGCAGCCGACUGACAGCAGGGUAACUGCUGCCAUUGUCUGUGGCUCUAAAUGUCCUCUGCCAUGGCGAAGCGCGAGGCUGGGAGCACCAGCCCAGUGGUGCGUCAGAUAGACAAGCAGUUCCUGGUCUGCAGCAUCUGUCUGGAUCACUACUGCAACCCCAAGGUCCUGCCCUGUCUGCACACCUUCUGUGAGAGUUGUCUCCAGAACUACAUUCCCCCAGAGUCUCUGACGCUCUCGUGUCCAGUGUGCCGGCAGACGUCCAUCUUGCCAGAGAAAGGAGUUUGUGCUUUACAGAACAACUUCUUCAUCACUAAUCUCAUGGAGGUUCUUCAACGAGACCCGGAGUGCUCGCGGCCCGAGGCCUGCAGUGUCCUGGAGUCAGUGAGUGCUGCAGCUGCCGGGAAGCCGCUCUGCUGCCCGAACCACGAGGGGAAGGUGAUGGAGUUCUACUGUGAGUCGUGUGAGACAGCCAUGUGUCUGGACUGCACGGAGGCCGAGCACAGGGAGCACGUGACUGUUCCUCUGCGGGACGUGGUGGAGCAGCACAAGGCCGCACUGAAGACACAGCUGGACGCAAUACACAGCAGGCUCCCUCAGCUAACAGCAGCCAUCGAGCUGGUGAGUGAGAUUUCUCGGCAGCUGAACGAGAGGAAGACUGAGGCGGUGGCAGAGAUCACCAGUACGUUUGAAGAGCUGGAGCGAGCGCUGCAUCAGCGCAAGUCGGCCCUCAUCACAGACCUGGAGAACAUCUGCACCACCAAGCAGAAGGUCCUGCAGGCGCAGCUCUCAUCUCUCCUCCAGGGGAAGGAGCACAUCCAGAGCAGCUGCAGCUUCACAGAGCAGGCCCUCAGCCACGGGAGCGCCACUGAGGUGCUGCUGGUUCAGAAGCAGAUGAGCGAGCGGGUGACAGCGCUGGCCCGACACGACUUUCCAGAGAGGCCCCAUCAGAACGCACAUCUGGACUGUCAGGUGGAGACUGAAGGUCUGCGACGCUCCAUCCAGAACCUGGGGGUUCUCCUCACCACAGCUGCUGUCGCUCACACCUCUGUUGCCACGGGAGAAGGCCUCCGGCACGCAGCAACCGGGCAGCAUCACACCGUCACCGUGACAACGAAAGACAAGGAUGGCGAGCUGGUGCGGAGCGGAAAUGCUGUUUUAAAGGCAGAGAUAACGUCUGCCGACGGGAACCGAGCCGCAGAGACUGAGAUAACGGACAAUAAGAACGGAACGUACGAGGUGGGCUACACGAUACGCUCUGAGGGAGAGUACUCCUUCGCCCUGCUGCUGUACGGCCAGCCGGUACGCGGCAGCCCGUUCCGCCUACGGGCCGUGAAGCCCUCAGAUGUGCCACAGUCUCCAGAUGACGUGAAGAGGAGGGUGAAGUCUCCCAGCGGGACGGGGGGCCACAUACGGCAGAAAGCAGUGCGGCGGCCCUCCAGCAUGUACAGCACCACCAAGAAGAAGGAGAACCCCAUCGAGGAUGAGCUCAUCUACAGAGUGGGUUCGCGGGGCAGAGAGAAAGGAGAGUUCACCAACCUGCAGGGAAUCUCAGCCUCCAGCAACGGCAGAGUGGUGGUGGCUGACAGCAACAACCAGUGCAUCCAGAUUUUCACCAACGACGGCCAAUUCAAGAUGCGCUUCGGGGUCAGAGGUCGGUCUCCGGGGCAACUGCAGAGGCCGACGGGUGUCACCGUGGACUUGAACGGGGACAUUGUGGUGGCCGACUAUGACAAUCGAUGGGUCAGCAUCUUCUCCUCUGACGGCAAGUUCAAGAAUAAGAUCGGUGCCGGCCGGCUCAUGGGCCCUAAGGGCGUCGCUGUGGAUAAGAACGGACACAUCAUCACCGUGGACAACAAGGCCUGCUGCGUCUUCAUCUUUCAGUCCAAUGGGAAACUUGUGACUAAGUUCGGGGGCCGAGGGACGUCGGACAGACAGUUCGCAGAAAAACUUGGCCCAAACUUUAAUAAAUCUGGCUCAGUUUUCAGUCCUCACUUUGUCGCUGUGAACAACAAGAAUGAAAUUAUCGUGACCGACUUUCACAAUCACUCUGUGAAGGUGUACAGUGCCGAUGGAGAGUUCUUGUUUAAAUUCGGUUCUCACGGUGAAGGAAACGGUCAGUUCAACGCUCCCACUGGUGUGGCUGUCGACGCCAACGGGAACAUCAUAGUUGCUGACUGGGGCAACAGCAGAAUACAGGUGUUUGACAGCACAGGCUCCUUCUUAUCCUACAUCAACACAUCAGCAGACCCGCUGUACGGGCCCCAGGGCCUCGCCCUCACCUCAGACGGACACGUGGCUGUCGCUGACUCCGGCAACCACUGCUUUAAGGUUUACAGAUAUCUGCAGUAAGCCGAGGGAGGACACACGCCGUUCAACUGCUCUUCAGACAAGUUCAUGUCACACACACUGCUCGUGGACAUAGAGCUGCAGCGUGGCUUCACUGUGCCGUGACCCUCGGUUCCACUAAUUCAAUUCUACAAUUCAAAGAUCUCAUAUUCACAGAUGAAAACAAAGAAAUCUGAGAAAAAACUACAUUUACAUUGAUAACAGAAAUCCCAAAAGUUUGUAAAAGACAAAAGAAGCCAGCAAUCCUGAAAAAUAUUGUAACAUUUUUAAUAAAAGACUUGUUCCUGUGCAACUGAGGAAUAAAACAACCUCUUAUUUGAUCGUGAGAGAAACCCAAAGUUGAAAUUCACCUCUGGAACCAGGCGUUUCAGCUCUAUGUCUCACGAGUGUGACCUCACCAUUAGACAGCCUGACAGUUUUUUAAAGUUGGUGAUACGCUGCAAUUUUUUGGGGGCAAAGCAGACGCGCAACUCUCCCAGCGACCAGCAGGUGAAGCGAGGCGACGGUCAACACCUAAAGGUGAAGAGACGAUGCUCAGGCCUCUUCUCGAACACUGUUGCACGUCAGUUCGCUCUUAAAAAUUCCCCGUGGUCCCUGCCUUACAGUUUCCAAUCCUCACAACAGAACACACACAGAACGACGGAGCAUUAGGGCCACUUAAAGAAAAGAAAUAUCUGAGAUAUCGAGCAUAAAGAUUUAUGAAUAUAACAAGGUUGUAAUAUUACAAGAGUAAAUUUGUCAUUUAACGAGAAAAUAAAUAUUACAAGGAAUUUUAAGAGAAAAUACUGCAACUUUAUUCUUGUAAAUGUACUUAUUUUUUCUCAUUAAACUUUAUUCUCGAACUCUCUGAUAUUUCUUUCCCUUUGAGUGGCCCUCACACUCCGGGGUACACACAGACAGGAAUGUGCUGAUUUAAAGAAAACGUUUCUUGUUCUCAUUCUGCACCUUAUCAAUAUUAACUUUUUUUUUGUUACCAACAUGUAUAUGCAAGUUUUUGUUGUUGUUGUUUGUGUAUCCAAAGAGAAGCAUCAAGAAGCACAACAGGUAAAACAACGAAAAAAGAAAAUCUGGUUCCUUCAUAGCUCCUCUUUCUCGUAUAUCAACCAAAACAGACUUCGUAUAUCUGACCCCACUACUUCUUGCACUUUUUGCGUAUUCAUAUCUACAACCUGACGUCGUUGUACAUAUGCAUAUUUUUGAUGUAUAUCUGGAUUUUAUGUCCAUGUUAUUUCACUAUAUAGAAUACUUAUUCCAGCACUUAAUGCAUCAAGGAUUUCAACACUGGAGUAUUUAUUAAUACGCUAGAACGUCACGCCGAGUAGUAGCCAACUUAAUGACCUGCAAACAUCCAUGGAACAAUGUUGUAUACACAUUAUUUUGCUGUGUUUUAUCUUCUUUUUUUUUGUUCCAAAGGACUUAAUUUAUUUUAAUUUUCUUUUCUACAUAAUUUGUUCUACAAAUUAUUUUUCUAAUCGGUGCAUUUUGAGCUGUCUCCUCUUUGCCAAAACGUCGUUGUACAUAGGCCUCGUGACCCGAAGCACUGAUCCUCUGUUUCUGCCUCUUUCCCAAAAUGAGCUCACAGCCAGGUCAAAGAUAGGCUGUCAAAAGAAAGAUGGACGACGCGUCUCCACUUCCUUCUAGUAUCCAGAAGUGAAGCCAAAAUAUCGAUCAGGGGUUAAGGUCCUGUCGAUACUAGCGCUCGACCAAACAUCACUGUGAUAAGAACUACUUAAAAUGACAGAAACCAUCUUUGAGAAAAAAUUAUUUGACAUGUAAUUUAAUUUGGAGUAUUCUGAAUUUAUAACCUCUACUGCAGCCAGCAGGGGGCAGUCAAGACAAUUUGGCUUCACUUUCGGGGAGCUGACAUGUCGUCCAUCUUUAUACAGUCUAUAUGAAUUUAACUAUAACGUUUCCUUCUGCCGAAAAAACACGUUUGUCGUACGUUGUUGUUGAACUUUGCACAAAAAUACAAAUAUAAGAGUUACAUAUAGUUUGCAAGAGUAAUAUAUGCCUCUGUGUAUAGUUAUCAUUUAACAUAAUCAGAAAGUUUACUGUAUAUUACAAGCAUAUUCUUGUUGUAGCUGACAGGCACCUUCAUCAUGAACUUUUCCAGUAGUUGCUUUGUAGUUCAAGGUUUUUUCUGUGACUCCCAGAGAAACACAACACCAGCUAACACACAGUGACGUAGAGUUUUUUAAAAACUUGUUUUAUGCUUAAACUGUUCGUGCCUGAUCAUUGAUCCAUUCUGUAUUUCCAUCUGUUUUACCUACUUACUGGGAAAUUGGGUUUUAUUUUCCCUGGCACGUGUCUCUCACCUGGAACCGUCGGUGACCAGCUCACAUCUGUGUGAAGUGACAGAAACACAUUCUCUUAAAUAAAAUUGUACAAUACCAACUUAAAAAGACACUGAUUUACUGAUUCCUGCAAAUUGAUUAAGUUUUUUCAAAUCUAAUUUAUCCACUGUAUGAAUAUAACUUAACUUUAAUUUGAACAAACUGUUAAUUUGUGUAUGAUCAAUAUCGUCAAAUUCACUUAUUUCUUUUUAGUCGGUCCAACAUCGUUUAUUUUUCCUAUGUAAUUUCAACACUGCAUCAACCCUUUUGUGUUGUCCCACUGUAAACUACAAGAGGCCAGUCUUACAAAGAAUUAAUCACUAUGUAAUCAUGGCAACGGUAUGAUUGUAAAUAUUAAAGAAUAAUACAACCAA